GUCAGAAGAGCCGCAGCGGCUUGGUGCUGGAUGAAGUCGGCGUGACAGAUAGCGUACGGGACGGCGCUGCGGGAGGUUGAAUCGUUAUUGUCGGGGAAAAUCAGUAUAUGUACAUAAACGCUGAAAGGCGACACCAUGGCUUUUUACGAGUAUGUCACCAAGGAGCAGCUGGCUGGCUUCGACAAGUACAAGUACAGCGCGGUCGACUCCAACCCCCUGUCCGUCUACGUCAUGCACCCGUUCUGGAACUCCGUGGUCAAGGUGUUACCCACCUGGCUGGCUCCUAAUCUCAUCACCUUCACAGGGUUCAUGUUCCUCGUCCUCAACUUCCUCAUGCUGGCCUUUUACGACUUUGACUUCUCCGCGUCAGCUGAAGGUCACGUCCACGUGCCAAGUUGGGUGUGGGUCGCGGCUGGCCUCUUCAACUUCCUGGCGUACACGUUAGACGGCGUGGAUGGCAAGCAGGCUCGGAGGACCAACUCGAGUACGCCACUGGGGGAGCUGUUUGACCACGGCUUGGACAGCUGGGCCUGCAUCUUCUUCGUGGCCACGGUCUACUCCAUCUUCGGCAGGGGGGUGACGGGCGUGAACGUGACCACGCUCUACUACAUCCUGUGGGUGGUGCUGUUCUCCUUCAUCCUCUCCCACUGGGAGAAGUACAACACCGGCAUCCUCUUCCUCCCCUGGGGCUAUGAUGUCAGCCAAGUGACCAUCUCCAUCGUGUACAUUAUUACGGCCGUGGUGGGUGUGGAGACGUGGUACAUCCCAGUCUUUUGGAAUUUCCACUACAGAGACCUGUUCACGAUCAUGAUUCUGGGUUGUUCCUUUGCUGUGACUCUUCCGAUGAGUCUUCGCAACGUCUUUAAGGCGUACCGCAGCAACACGCUGAAGCACAGCUCCCUGUACGAGUCGUUCCUGCCCUUCCUCUCGCCCGUGCUCCUCUUCCUCCUCUCCACCCUGUGGGUGCUGCUCUCCCCCAACGGCAUCCUCCAGCUGCAGCCCCGCGUCUUCUACCUCAUGGUGGGGACUGCCUUCGCCAACGUCACGUGUAAGCUGAUCGUGUGCCAGAUGAGCAACACGCGCUGCCAGCCGCUGAGCUGGCUGCUGCUGCCCAUGGGCGCGGCGGUGCUGCUGGUGGCCACGGGCACGGUCACGCACGCCGAAACGCUGCUCCUCUAUGCCUGGACCGGCGCGGUGGUGCUGGCGCACGUGCACUACGGCGUCUCAGUGGUGCACCAGCUCAGCGACCACUUCAACAUCUGCGCCUUCUCGCUCCGGAAGCCCGGGGCGGACUGACUAGACGGGGAGGAGAAGGUCGGUCUGCAGGCUGCGGAGGUUUAGACUGUCCCAGCAGCCCUCCGGCGCCGCAGCCCAUCACCACGGACACCGACGAACACCUUCCCGCGAGGAGAUCCAUCAUCCCUGCCUCCCUACCCCCCACACCCCCCCCCCCCCCC